UCUGUCAUGCUGAUCGAGCGCUCGAUAAUCCUCUGCUCCAUGUAUCUGCGAUCAUCUCGUCAGCACUGACUUCCGGCCGCACUUCCUCUACUCCACAUCUCUACAGAGCAACAACAUCCCCCACAGUCAUGGCAGACCCGAGAAUACGACAGAUUAAGAUCAAAACUGGCAUCGUUAAGCGGCUGGCGAAAGAGAAGGUUUCGUACAUAAACGAGGCAAAAAAGCAAGAAGAGAAGGUUAAGUCACUGAAAGCAGAUGGGGGAGAUGAGUAUGUAAUCAAGAAACAGGUGGAGGUGCUGCAGGAGUCCAAAAUGAUGGUCCCAGAUUGUCACCGCCGACUGGCCAAAGCACACGAAGAUCUGAACCAGUUGAUUGAAACAGAAGAGGAUUUGGCCGAAUCGGAGGAGUACAAAGAGGCUCGGAACGUGUUGGACUCAGUGGAGCUUGAAGGAUGAUUUCUGAUGUGUUUCUUGUUCUCACUGUGAGAUUCACUUCUUUCGUUAAUGUUCAUUCCCCUCGUCAGAUCAUGGAGGCAAACUGAAUCCAUUCAAAGUCUCUGUUGAUGCUAUUAUUUCUACUGUUGACUUUUGCCUUCCAUGUGCAAAAUCCCACAUUUUACCAUAAAACUUCAAGGAAGUUUUUU